AUGGCUCCAGAACAGUUUAAGAAAAUGCCUUAUUCAGCUUAUCAGUCCGAUAUUUGGGCAUUUGGAGUUACUUUAUUCAUGAUUGCUUUUGGCAGGCUUCCAUUCAUUGGACAUACAAUUCCUGAAGUUAUAUCUUCUAUUUGCUCUGGUAUCUACACAAUUCCCAUGAAUUGUCCAAAAGAAAUCAGAACGUUAAUUCAGCAUUCUCUUGAAUUAAAGCCAGAAGAUAGAUGGACAGCAAAGCAACUUCUUGAUUCUCUCAACAAAUCGCUCAGUUGCUCAAUGUUAGUUAAGCGUCCAAAGAUUUCAAGCCAGAAAUCAGCUCCAUCACAAUUAUUACUUCAGCCAAGUUUCAUCAAGCCAAAACCAAAGCCAAAGCUUGUUAUCCCGGUAAGACCACGAAGAAAUUCAAGUCAUGAGUAA